AUGAAACGAAACGCACAAACCUCUCAAUUAGAAGAACAUGAAUCAGUACAGGACACAGAUAUUGUAAGAAAAAAGGCCAAACCUUUCAAUACAUCAAAUACAUCAUGUAGUGAAUCAUCAGAAGCAGAACCAGUAUUUAUUGAAUUAGAUAUGCCUCAAGCCCAAGUGUAUUACUAUUCACCCAUUUUUUCCCUACAAGAUUGCACGAGUUAUUAUUCUGAUCUAGCAUCUCUUUCUCAUUGGUCUCGUCCAAUCUUUAAAGUACAUGGCCACACUUCACCUGCUCACCGACUCACUUGUUCUUUUGGUUCAACACCUGAUAAGGUUUAUCAUUAUUCCGGAACUAGUGCAAAAGUUGACUCGAUUGAAUAUCCAACUUCCAUAAAAAUUAUUCAAGAAAAAAUUGAAACUAUCUUAAACGCAAAAUUUAAUUUUGUUCUAUUAAAUUGGUAUCAAAAUGGUGAUGAAUAUAUCGGUGAACAUUCGGAUAGCGAAAAAGGACUUGUUCCUCAAG